CUCCCUCUCCAAAAAUAACAGUUCUCUGAUUCUCUCUCUCUCUCUCUCUUCAAUCUAAAUCUCAAGAUCUUCUUCAACAAUAUCCGAUUCGAUCUUCAUCAUCAAUGGAUUGCAGGCCUUUCGAAGUAACGGUGUUCGGCGCCAAUGACAUCAAGGACGUCAACAUGUUCUCCAAGAUGGACGUCUACGCCGUCGUCUCCGUCUCCGGUAACGGCUUCAGGAAGCAGAAGCUCCGCACCCCCGUCCACAAAGACGCCGGCACCAACCCCAAAUGGAACCACACCCUCAAGUUCACCCUCGACAACUCCGCCCUCGACCGCCUCAAAAUCAAAAUCAAGCUCAUCUCUGACCGCACCCUCGGCGACACCAAGAUCGGAAAGGCCGUGGUUCCGGUCAAGGACCUCCUGCAAAACGAGAAGAACGACAAGCACGUGACCUACCCGGUCCUGACUGCCAAGGGAAGACCCAAAGGCAGCGUCAGUUUCGGGUACAAGUUCGGCGAGAAAUUCACGGCGCCUCUUCCGGUCCUGCAUCAGGCCCACAAGAAGGCCCACGAGCCCGUUAUGGCGUACCCGGCGGGCCAUGCCGGGUCGAGCUCCGCUUACCCGCCACCCGGAGUGGCCCACCCGGUUUAUCAUCCUUACCCGCCUCAGCCACAACCGGGUUACGGGUACCCGCCGCAGCAGCAACCGGGUUACGGGUACCCGCCGCAGCAGCAGCCGGGUUACGGGUACCCGCCGGUAGUGCAGCCGGGUUAUGGGUACGUGCAGCAGCCGCAGAAGCCCAAAAGAGGAAGAGGGAACAUGGGGCUUGGGUUGGGAGCGGGACUGUUGGGUGGGUUGCUGAUCGGAGAUAUGGUUUCCGAUGUCGGUGAGAUGGGGGCGUAUGAUGCUGGUUAUGAUGAUGGUAUGGGUGAUGGGUUUGAUUUCUAGAAAGUUUCUAGACUAGGGGUUUCCAUUUGUUUGAUUUGUUACAUUUGUUUUCGGUUCUUAUUAGUAGUUUAGUUUUUAUGAAUAUGUAAAUGGGAGAGACUUUGAGAGAAGGUUUUGAGGGUUUAUAUGACGCUCAAUAAAUCAAUGGAGGUUUAUAGUUUA